UGUAGGAAAUUGCUUGGAUUAGCUUGUGCUGAGCAUGAUGGGGCCGACUCGGGUUUUAGUGUCCAGCUAAGAGAGACACCGCCCGGAGGAAAUUUGUGCCGCUUCAGGUGUGUGUGUGUGUUUGUGUGUGUGUGUGUUAACUCUGCGGCAGGUGUAAUCUGUUUUCAACACCGUCUGACUAAAGAUAAACAUUUGUGAGGUUAGGGAGCUUUACGCUUUGAUAACAACGGUGAACCACUGAAGCUAAUUAGCUAGCCGUACUUUUAGUUUCCUCGGCGUCAUGUCGUCCAGGAGGACUUUGAGACUGAUUUGUGGCUUAGCUGGAGGCUCUGCCGCACUCGUGUUUGCCGCCGCCGCCGCCGCUGAUUCUCGGGGAUGUUUCGGGGAGCCGAGCGGUCGGUGGUCGAGGUUCACCGUGCUGCAAGCUGCGCAGCCGGCGUGGAGCCCCGGCAGCCACACACCGGCCCCGACAGGACACAGCUGGGACUUCAACUGGGACAAGAGAGACCCGUCUGCACUGACCAACGGGAAGAAGAAAGACAACGCAGCCGAAGACCCCAGCUCGGAGCAGGACAACGGCAAACCCAAAGCUACACGGAACAUCCUCCUCAUCAGGCACUCUCAGUACAACCUGAGCGGGAGCAACGACAAGGAGAGGAUCCUCACGCCGUUAGGUCGUGAGCAGGCUGAGCUGACGGGUCAGCGGUUGGCCGCGUUGGGGCUGAAGUACGAUGUUCUGGUCCACUCGAGCAUGGCCAGAGCCACAGAGACAGCGAACAUCAUCAGCAAACACCUCACAGGUCCAGGAGUGGAGCUGCUGCGCUGUGAUUUGCUGAGAGAGGGUGCACCCAUCGAGCCAGUUCCUCCGGUCACUCACUGGAAGCCCGAUGCUGUGCAGUACCACGAAGAUGGAGCUCGCAUCGAGGCAGCCUUCCGCCGCUACAUCCACCGUGCCGACCCCAAGCAGAAGGAGGACAGCUACGAGAUCAUCGUGUGUCAUGCCAAUGUCAUCCGCUAUUUUGUCUGCAGGGCUCUGCAGUUCCCUCCGGAGGGAUGGUUACGUAUGGGCUUAAACAACGGCAGCAUCACGUGGCUCACCAUCCGCCCCAGCGGCAGGGUGGCCCUCAGAACUCUGGGAGAUUCGGGAUUCAUGCCCCCGGACAAACUUACGCGGACCUGACGGCCCCAACACGUUGCAAAAUUUUCUGGGACUCAGCCCUGAGUCCUGGUCGGUCGGUCGCAGGGUCAGAACGCAGUUUCCUCCUUAAGUGUCUUGAAAAAUGACUCGUUGAUGUUAUCGUUUUUUUUGUAAUUAAACUUUCGAUCGUUUAUUGACACUCUGUGGGUGCGAUUUCUUCCGUGCCAUAGAAGGCCAUCAGUAGUGCUAAUGGCUGCAUUGCAACUCCUUCUGAAUGUAACUGAGGAUUUUUACGACUGAUUUUUAAACCAAAAAAAAAAAAAUGAAACAGUUUAUUUGUGAAGUUGUUGUGAGUGAGUUCAAGCUCUCAGCGUGUCACUGCAGGACGCUACAGUGAGGAUUGUGUUGUUUGGUGCAGCUGUAGUAAAUAAAAUGAUGACUCCCUCA